AUGAUAAAAGGCGACAAUACAGUGUCGCGUACCGAAGAUCCAGAGAACGUUCUAGAGGAAGAUCCAGAGGACGUUCUAGAGGAAGAUCCAGAGAACGUUCUAGAGGACGUUCUAGAGGAAGAUCCAGAGGACGUUCUAGAGGAAGAUCCAGAGAACGUUCUAGAGGAGGAUCCAGAGGACGUUCUAGAGGAGGAUCCAGAGGACGUUCUAGAGGAGGAUCCAGAGGACGUUCUAGAGGAGGAUCCAGAGGACGUUCUAGAGGAGGAUCCAGAGGACGUUCUAGAGGAGGAUCCAGAGGACGUUCUAGAGGAGGAUCCAGAGGACGUUCUAGAGGAGGAUCCAGAGGACGUUCUAGAGGAAGAUCCAGAGAACGUUCUAGAGGACGUUCUAGAGGAAGAUCCAGAGGACGUUCUAGAGGAAGAUCCAGAGAACGUUCUAGAGGAGGAUCCAGAGGACGUUCUAGAGGAGGAUCCAGAGGACGUUCUAGAGGAGGAUCCAGAGGACGUUCUAGAGGAGGAUCCAGAGGACGUUCUAGAGGAGGAUCCAGAGGACGUUCUAGAGGAGGAUCCAGAGGACGUUCUAGAGGAGGAUCCAGAGGACGUUCUAGAGGAGGAUCCAGAGGACGUUCUAGAGGAGGAUCCAGAGGACGUUCUAGAGGAGGAUCCAGAGGACGUUCUAGAGGAGGAUCCAGAGGACGUUCUAGAGGAGGAUCCAGAGGACGUUCUAGAGGAGGAUCCAGAGGACGUUCUAGAGGAGGAUCCAGAGGACGUUCUAGAGGAGGAUCCAGAGAACGUUCUAGAGGAAGAUCCAGAGGACGUUCUAGAGGAAGAGAAAAUGGACGUUGGAUACGGAUAA